AUGUCAGCACAGUCUAAUGACAGUCCAAUCGACAAGGAUUGGCACAAUAGUGACUACGAAAUAAAAGAACAAGAUCGAUUUCUACCGAUUGCAAAUGUUGGCCGAGUGAUGAAGAAAGCUCUUCCUGAGAGAGCCAAAUUGUCCAAGGAGUCAAAAGAAUGCGUACAAGAAUGUGUUAGUGAAUUUAUUUCGUUUAUUACAAGUCAAGCGGCUGAUAAAUGUAAAUUGGAGAAACGCAAAACACUAAAUGGGGAGGACAUACUAUGGGCAAUGUACACACUAGGGUUUGAGAAUUAUUCAGAGACUCUCAAGAUUUAUCUUGCCAAGUACCGACAGAAAAAACGCAAAGCCAAACGAGUGCAAUUGGGGGCAGAGGAAGAGGAGGAGGGAGAAGAAGAAGAGGAGACACAAGAUGAUUACGAUGACGAGUUUAAUAAUGAAGACACAAUACUCAAUCCUUCUGUUGAUUAUUUCCAAGACAAUGCCAUAGUUGAAAACGAAGCGGGAUACCCAGAACCAACAGCAACAGGCGCUUCGGUCGUGACAUCGUCGUUCCCAAUAGAAGAUGACUUUUUCCAAGAGCAAGGCAUUGAAAGAACGGGUACAGAGAACUUCCAAUACUUGAAUCGUCCCAAUAUGCAACCACCACCACAAAAACAACAACAACAACCACUCAUUCCCCAAACUUAUCACCAACAAGUUCCACAAACAUAUACAGAGCAGCAAACACACCAGCUAUACACCCCCCAAGGACAAACAUACGAUGUGGAUGAUAUGAGCGACGUGCAAAUGCAGCUUAAUCAACAAGGUCAAGGCGUUGGUGUAAUUCUAAAAAGCUCUCCUCGAUAUUCACGAACUGGACAGGGCCAUUCACUGGGAUAA